AUGGAUGCACAACAGUUUCGAGAGUUUGGCAAGGCAGCCAUAGAUAUAGUGGCAGAUUACGUGGAUAAUAUAAGGCAACGGGAUGUUCUACCAUCCGUGGAACCGGGAUACUUGGUGGAUGUCCUUCCAGAGAACGCUCCUGAACAACCGGAGGAAUGGAAAGACGUAUUAAAGGAUUUCAAUGACUUAAUUUUGCCUGGUAUAACUCAUUGGAAUUCUCCAAGGUUCCAUGCAUUCUUCCCGUCGGGCUCGUCUUACGCAAGCAUAAUUGGGAACAUACUAGCCGAUGGUCUGGGCGUUAUCGGAUUCAGCUGGAUGGCGAGUCCCGCUUGCACUGAACUGGAAGUUGUGACAUUGAAUUGGCUCGGAAAACUGCUUGGUCUACCCGAGGAAUUCCUCAAUUGUUCCUCGGGACCAGGGGGUGGUAUUAUACAGUCAUCAGCAAGUGAAGCUACUCUUGUUGGCUUACUGGUAGCAAAGGACAAAACUAUUCGUAGAAUAACUGAAGUUAAUCCAUCCCUGGAUGAAGAUGUCAUAAGGUCUAAGCUAGUUGCUUACACUUCAGACCAAUGUAAUUCAUCCGUCGAGAAAGCUGGCCUUCUCGGUUCUAUGAAAAUGAGGUUACUAAAAUCAGAUGCCGAUGGAAGAUUACGUAAAGAAACACUUAAAAAAGCCUUUGACGAAGAUAUUGCAGAAGGAUUAAUACCAUGCUACGCUGUUGCGAAUUUAGGUACCACUGGUACUUGCGCAUUCGAUCCUUUAUACGAACUUGGACCUUUGUGCAACGAAUAUAACGUAUGGUUGCAUGUCGAUGCAGCUUAUGCCGGAACAGCUUUCAUAUGCCCUGAAUACAGACACUUAAUGAAAGGCAUCGAACACGUCGACUCUUUCGAUUUCAAUCCUCACAAGUGGAUGAAUGUUAAUUUCGAUUGCUCCGCAAUGUGGGUGAAAAACGGACACGACCUCUUACAAGCUUUCGAUGUACAAAGAGUAUAUUUAGCUGACACAAAAACAGACACUAAAAUCCCAGAUUAUCGCCACUGGCAGAUUCCUCUCGGACGAAGAUUUAGAGCUAUGAAAUUAUGGACCGUCCUAAGGAUAUAUGGAGCAGAAGGCCUGAGAAGUCAUGUUCGCAACCAUAUAGAUUUAGCUCAAUAUUUUGCAAAAUUAGCGCGAACGGAUGAUCGAUUUGUGGUUGAACCCGAACCAUCUAUGGGGUUGGUUUGUUUCAGGUUAAAGGGUGAUGACAUAGCAACGAAAACUCUAUUAGAAAAUUUGACAAAGAAAAAGAAAAUUUACAUGGUAGCCGCAAGUUACAGGGGCAGAUAUAUAAUUCGAUUUGCAGUCUGCUCACGAAUUACAAAAAAAGAAGACAUUGAAUUCAGUUGGAAUAAAAUCAAACAAGAGGCAGAUAUCGUACUCUCCAAUGAAAUACAAGGCAAAAUGAAAAUUCCAGCUUUAGACCACAUAGAAACUGUUGUAUUUUCUGAAAAAUCCAAAUAA